AUGAAGGUUCGCAAAAUGCAUGGCGUCCAAUGCAUCGCUCAACAUUGUCUUGGAUUCGAGACCAUCCAAAGUAGUCCAGCGAUAGAAGCCAUUGCAGCUGCCAAUAUUAGGCUGGAGACAGCGACUGCUGCCUGGCAUUGCAUUCACAAGAAACGCAGGGAGAAUUGCCCUGCAAAUUGGGAGGACAUUCAUAAGGAGUUCAAGGAUGCCAAAGAAUUAUUGACCGCUCUUCUCAAAGAUCGCAAAAGUAAAGAGAUCAAUCAAGAGACUCUCGACAGCGUUUCAAAUUUGGAAACAACCGCAGGCUUCAUGUCAACCAGCUCAGCAACCAGUUAUUUAGCUGCUAUAGUUGCAUCCACUAUCUCCAAGGUUCCUCUUGCGCCUGUGGAACAAACUACGGGAGCCCCAGCUACUAUUUUACAACCUAAGACAUGGGAUCGUACAAUUAUCGAUGAGAAUCAAGUUGAGGAAACUAUGCCAGCGGAGAAAGAGCCAGUGACCGGCCCUCCCAGAAAGGAUGACGAACCUUGUGCGCCUACCAACAGUGUGGUGUACAAAGGCCCAGUGACGGAAUCUGCUAUCAAGUUGUCAUAUGUCGAGUACUCUGGUCCGGGAAGUAGUUACUCCGGUCUCCAUGUAGGGUUGCCAAAGUUCGGUUCAGUUCGGUUCGGAGCCCAAUUUUUGCUGAACCAGAACUGA